GUCAGUUCAGACAUUACCGAGCGAUAUUGAACUUAGCUUCCGUUCUGCUGUUCUAAUUCAACCCUCGCGUCUGCCGUUGGACAGCUCCUGCCCCGCCCCAAGCUAGCAACUUCCUGAUACAUCUGUCACCUUACGCCAACACAUCCACGGCUUCAGACUACACCCUUUGGAAUCUGCAGAACUUGCGCCAAAAUGAGUGGUGGUUGGAACACCAUCGAGUCCGAUGCGGGCGUCUUCACCGACCUUCUCACCAAUCUCGGCGUAAAAGGUGUCCAAUUCGAAGAACUCCUCUCCCUAGAACCCGAUGCCCUCGCGCAGCUGCACCCCGUCUACGGCGUCAUCUUUCUCUUCAAGUACCCGACAAACGAGCCCUACCGAGGGACUGACAAGCCUCUCGAUGGCACCUUCGACUACGACGCCAGCGAACGACUCUUCUUCGCUCAUCAGACCAUCCAGAACGCGUGUGGCACGCAGGCGCUCCUGAGCGUGCUCCUCAACAAAGCCGACCCGUCCGUCUCCCAAGAAGGCGAUGCGGGGUACAUCGACAUCGGCGACAAGCUUCGCGACUUCCGCGACUUCACCAUCGCCCUGCCGGCCGAAAUCCGCGGCGAAGCGCUCUCCAACUCGGAGCUGAUCCGCGACACGCACAACUCGUUUGCGCGCAGCAGUCCCUUUAUCGACGAGACGCAGCGUCGGCCCGAUGAGGAGGAAGGAGACGCAUUCCAUUUCAUUGCGUACUCGCCCAUCGGCGGCACCCUUUACGAGCUCGACGGCCUGCAGCCAGCGCCCAUCAGCCACGGCGCUUGUACCCAGGAGGACUUCCCGCAGAAGGUUAUGGACGUUCUGCAGCGGCGCAUUGCCAGGUAUGACGCCAGCGAGAUCCGGUUCAAUCUGCUGGCUAUGAUCAGAGACCUACGGAUUCGGGCGCGAGAGUUUGCUGAUGAGGAAUUGCUGGCGACCGAGGAGCGCAAACGUGAGGCUUGGCGGUUUGAGAACGCCCUGAGGCGACACAACUUUGUGGGGUUUGCGGGCGAAAUUCUCAAGGGUGUUGUGUCGGCGAAACUUGCGGCGGGAGGGAGUGCGUAUGACGACUGGGUUAACCAGGGCAAGAAGAAGAUGGAGAAGAGGGCAGCUGAACAGAGGGCAAGGAAAGGUGGAGAGGGAGAAGACGUAGAGAUGCAGGGCUGAAGAGUCCCAUUUGCUCAUCUAGAAACUGGCGGUGCAUCUGUUUGGUUAUGUAUAUGAUCACAACUAUAUGAGCUCCCUGGUCAGCCAUUGGGAGCACGCCGGGUGCUCUGGGGUAACAAUGUGCAAAUCACCAAAGGCUUGUUGUACAUGUGGUGAAGAGAUAAGAAGCAUCGGUGGAUUUCAUA